AACUUGCUUCAACGGGACAACGUGGCUGAGUUUCGAGUUGACUCAGUGAGUUGAAGAAGUCAUUUGUCGAAUACAAUAUAUUUUAUUAGAGUUGCGGAAAUCCCCAAAAUUAUUGACGAAACCAGAUGUCUAAAACAUAGCUUAGAAUUGAAUUGACUACAUUCCCACCAAUAUGGCAAAAUCGGAGAAUUUGAAUUCCAAUGUGUCACUUCCAUACGCCAAGAUUCACCCAUCCAUGGAUCCGGAGGCCGAUCCCAAUUCCUACUCCCUUGAGAAAUUCAGGCUAUACGAAACGCGAGCGAGGUUUUAUUUGAUUGGGAGUGAUAGGAACAAGAAAUUCUUCCGUGUGUUGAAAAUUGAUCGAUCAGAACCAUCUGAUCUUAAUAUCAGUGAAGACCCAGUGGUUUAUUCACCGCAAGAGAUAAAAAAUUUGCUUCAGCGGAUUGCUGAGGGAAAUCGUGCCACCGGUGGCUUAAGCUUUGUGGCAAAGGUUUUUGGAAUUGUGGGCUGCAUCAAGUUUUUGGAGUCAUAUUACUUGAUUCUGGUUACAAAGCGACGGCAAAUCGGAUGUAUAUGUGGUCAUGCAAUAUAUAGUAUAGAUGAGAGCCACUUGAUCACAAUUCCUCAUGUUUCCAUUCAGUCUGAUGUAGCACAUUCCAAAACGGAGCUAAGGUACAAAAAGCUGCUAUCCAGUGUGGAUUUGACCAAAGACUUUUUCUAUAGCUAUACAUACCCCAUAAUGCAAAGUUUGCAAAAAAAUGUUUUAUCCUUGGACGAAGAAGGGAUGCCAUAUGAUAAUAUAUUUGUUUGGAAUGCCCAUCUAACCCAAGUCAUUCGAUCAAGAUGCAGUAACACUAUUUGGACAAUAGCAUUAGUUCAUGGGCAUUUUAAACAGACUAGGCUAUCAAUCUUUGGAAGGGACUUUAGUGUUACAUUAGUAUCUAGACGGUCUCGGCAUUUUGCUGGAACACGGUACUUGAAAAGGGGAGUGAAUGAUCGAGGAAGGGUUGCAAAUGAUGUUGAAACAGAGCAAAUUGUCCUUGAUGAGGAAGCUGGGUCAUGCAAGGGAAAGAUGAGCUCUAUAGUGCAGAUGCGUGGCUCAAUUCCCCUUUUCUGGUCCCAAGAGGCUUCAAGAUUUAGUCCUAAACCUGACAUAAUCUUACAGAGGUAUGAUCCUACAUACCAGGCAACCAAAUUGCAUUUUGAGGACCUGGCGAACAGAUACGGCAAUCCAAUAAUUGUACUUAAUCUAAUCAAGACUGUUGAGAAAAGACCUAGAGAGAUGAUGUUGAGGCGUGAAUUUGCAAAUGCAGUUGGGUAUUUGAACACAAUUCUCUCGGAAGAGAACCAUCUGAAAUUUAUUCACUGGGACUUUCACAAGUUUGCAAAGAGCAAGUCUGCCAAUGUUUUGGCUGUUUUGGGUGGUGUGGCUGGUGAAGCUCUUGAUUUGACCGGUUUUUACUAUAGUGGUAAACCCAGCACUGUUAAGAGGAGAGCUAACCAACUUAAUAGAACAAGCGCUGGGAGGGAUGCAUCUAUUAGAGAUCUGAGAGGUAACUCUGGGGAUCUUGCGAGGAUUGGAAGUAGCAAUGAAAAUUUAAAUUCUCUAACCAGUCGAGACAGGGAGGGUGAUUUAAGUCAACAAAUUAAAAAUGAUACUUAUGAUGGUGUACCUCCAAGAUUUCAGAGUGGAGUACUGCGCACUAACUGCAUUGACUGUUUGGAUCGUACAAAUGUUGCGCAGUAUGCUUAUGGCUUGGCAGCUUUAGGCCGCCAACUCCAUGCAAUGGGAUUGACAGACAAGCCCAAAGUGGACCCUGAUAGUAGCAUCGCUGCUGCUCUUAUGGACAUGUAUCAGAGCAUGGGAGAUGCUCUUGCUCAGCAGUAUGGAGGUUCUGCUGCCCAUAAUACCGUUUUUCCAGAGAGGCAGGGAAAGUGGAAAGCUACGACCCAGUCUAGAGAAUUUCUGAAGUCUAUCAAGCGAUAUUAUAGUAAUGCCUACACUGAUGGUGAAAAGCAAGACGCAAUAAACUUAUUUUUGGGCUACUUCCAACCCCAGGAAGGAAAACCUGCUCUUUGGGAGUUGGAUUCAGAUUACUAUCUUCAUGUUUCAGGAAUAGGAGAUGACCUAUUUCCUGAGAAGUGCGUGGAGGAUAAUGCUAAGCCUUUAGCAGUAGUUGGAAAGACCCUUGCCCCCAUUCCAGCUUGUAGAGAAGACUUUUCACGGAUGAAGUUGACAUCAUUUGAUAAAUUGCUCGAACGCACAUGUAGUUCAAUAAAGAAUGUAAGACUUUGUAGUGAACCAGAUCAAAGACAUGGUGGUCCUACAGCCAAUUCUGGUGUGGCGCCUGAUGCAGCUGAAAUACAGCUUAAAAGUCCAAAUUGGCUCUUUGGCCAAAGAAAGUUUGAAGAAGUUGGCUCUGCCCCCAAAGUCACUGUGAGUGAAAUUAAAAAUGGAGGGUCCAAUGGUGAAGUGAAAGUUGAUGAUUUCUGCGACUUAAAUUGGCUUUCUUCCUAUGAUGAUGAUGAACAGGAUAUUUUCCAGAGGUACCUCUCAAUGACCUCUGUUAAUGAAGCCAAUGGUUGGUAUGGUGGAACACUUCUUGGUGAUCAAGAUGAAACUAGUGAGAUAUAUAGGCAUUAUGCUGAAUUAUGUGAGGGACCAGCCAUGGAACCUUUCCAAAAUGAUCUAGAAAGAGAGAAGCAUUAUGCUGAUGUUCUACAAGUGAACACGAUUGAUCUUGUAGAUGAUGCAGCUAUUGAAGCAGAGAUGGCAGCAGCUCUGGAGGAAUAUGAUCUAAUCGGUGCUGAUCUCGGGAUUUUCCCUGCCUCCUGCAAAUCAUUCACUGAAGAUCCAAGCCAGUUGACACGAUGGAUCAUUGGUGAGGACAAGCUGCAAAAGGUGUGAAUCUUAUGUUGACUUUAUGAGUUGUAAGAGGUCCCAUUUAUUAGUUUUUUCCUAUAAUUUCUAAGUUUUAGAUUUGUCAUUUGCUGAUCGGUUGUGGCUUGUAAGAUAGCUUUUGUGAAUAUAACCAGUUUUGGGUUACAUGAUUAACUGCAAAAUGGGGUUUAUGAGUGUUUCUUAUAUGAUAUUUCAGUCUUUGUUGUUGACCGAGUUAUAUUGUUUUUUUUGUCAUUA